AUGGCAAGUGUGAAUGCCAACGAGCCUCGACCAGAAACAAAUUCACUGAGUCCACAAUUAUGGCUUAGGCGGAGUAACAGAGAUGGACUGGUCUUAGUCGAGAGGUCGUCGCCAAGAUUUGAAGACGAUCAUGAAGACAACGCAAUUCAAGAAUCAACACGGCAGAAUUUAAAACGAAUUUUUCGGAGGACCACCAGCUAUAUUUCCAGACCAAAGCCGCGCAGAGGCUCCGAUUUGUUAGGCCCUUUGACAUACAAUCAAUCCUUUCUGUGCAGGAGUUUUCAUGAAGGUCAGCAAGGCCAUCAAGGUCCCCGAUGGGACCACGAUUAUUUAAGGAGACUUUACACCAAAUUUGAAAACGGAAUCUGCUUAACUAAAGUGACUCGCAAAAAGCAGGUUGACUACGUUUUUUACGUGAAAAGCGGAAUCCUUCAUUGGCGUGAUGCGAAAAGUAUAGAUCUCGACUCCAUCAAAGACGUGAGGACGGGAGAAAUGGCGAAAAACUAUAUUGACGACUAUAGAGCUUCUCCCUCUGCGGCUCGCUUUUGGGUUACUAUUAUAUACCAGGUAGCUACCAAAUUCCGACCGCUGCAUCUAGUGGCCCAUAAUCAGGAGGAUUACGAAUGUUUAUACGUCGGAAUUGUGAGUAUUGUUGAUUCUAGGCACAAUCUGAUGAGAAGCUUAUCAAACCCUGAGGAUGAGAUGUUCGCUAAUGUACAUUGGCGUGCUAAUGUGCCCGAUGAAAAGGCUGCCAAUGAUGUCGAUGUGCUUUCAUUCCAGGACGUCAAAGAUUUGUGUGCUAAAUUCAAUAUAUUCUGCUCAAGCAGUCAUUUGCGGAAACUGUUUGACGCUGCUGACAUUAAUUGUAAUGAGCUUUUGAGUUUCACGGAGUUUCAAAGUUUUGUUCAAAGGUUAAAAAGACGAGAAGAACUACUCAGACUUUGGCACAAAAUCACUAAGGGUAAAGACGAACUGCAAUAUGAAGACUUUCUUGAGUUUCUUACAAACGAGCAACAUGAAGUGCAGGAUCUGCGAAAAUCAGUGAUUGAUUUUGAUAGGUUCCGUCUUUCUAACAACACAUUGAGCCUGGAAGGAUUUCAGAAGUACUUGACAGCGCAGCCGUAUUUGGAAGACAAUAUUACCGAUUAUUCCCUUCCAAUUAACAAAUACUUUAUUUCGUCAUCGCACAACACAUAUCUCCAAGGCAAGCAGCUUGGAGAAUCGCCCACGGUCGAAGCUUAUGUUCAUGCUUUGCAGCAAGGGUGCCGCUGUAUAGAAAUUGACAUUUGGGACGGAGAAGAAGGCCCUGUGGUCUGUCAUGGUAAGUUGACGGGUUCUUUGCCCUUGAGAAACAUAAUCAAAGUGGUUCGCAAGUAUUCCUUUAUCACUUCACCGUAUCCGCUAGUCAUAUCCCUGGAGAUCCAUUGCAAGCUGGAAAACCAGAUCGCUAUCGAAACUAUACUACACAAGGAACUAGGUGAUAAAAUUUACGUUGGUACUCAAAACGAUGUGCUGCCAUCCCCGGCAGAACUCAAGCACAGGUACCUCCUGAAGGUAAAGAAGUCGAAGAGAAUGACCAGGACUUCACAGGACGAAGAUUCUAUUUCUUCUUCAUCUACAAGCUCUUCAUAUGAUUCGGAGUUCGAAUCAAGCAACAAGCGUGGGAGGAGAUUAAGUAUCUCGAAAAAAAUGCAUGUUGUGGAUAGCCUCGUAUCAAUUUCAGUGGUUCACGGACUCAAAUUUAGGAAUUUCUCGUUGCCGGAGUCGAAAACUCUCAACCACUGUUUCUCCUUGAAUGAGAAGAAGCUUGAAAACUUGAUAAAGAAGGAUGAAACCCAGAAACUGGCGAUUGGAAAGCACAAUCGGCGGUUUCUCAUGCGGGUGUACCCGCAUGCUCUCAGGUACAAGUCUUCAAACUUUAACCCAAUCAAAUUUUGGGAACUCGGCGCUCAAAUGGUGGCUACUAAUUGGCAAACCUACGAUCUAGGCCAGCAGCUCAAUAAAGCAAUGUUUCAAUUGCCACUGGAUGAGGGACCGCUGUGGCAUUCUGGGUACGUUUUAAAGCCAGAUUACAUGUUGAACGAUGUUAACAAGGCGAGCGAUAUUCAGGCCACGUACGUGGCUCUGAGAAAGAAAAAAAUCGUAGUUAAAGUGGAGGUACUGUCAGCGCAAAUGCUGCCGAGACCUAAAGACCUCAAGCAGAAACAGUCUGCGUUGAGUUUUGGCGUGAGAUUAAAUGUUUACGGUACUAGGAUCCUGCGACCAUUAGAGGUUAUGAAUGGAAUCGUGAACUCGGAGACGUCGGGAUCGACGCAUGGUUGCCGGGAUAAUGGUUUCAGUCCCAUUUGGGAAACCAAAUUCAAGAUCAUUUUAGAAGAUAACUUUUUCAAUUUCCUUCAGUUCAAAGUCAGAACUGGCGACCUCGAACUUGCCAGCUGCUGUUUGAAGCUAGGCUAUCUCCGAAGAGGCUUCAGGCACGUUCCACUUUACAGUGAUAGCGGUGAACGAUACAUAUUUUCAACGCUAUUUAUCAGGAUUCAAUACGAUUACAUAGAGUGA